ACACACACACACACACACACACACACACACACACAUUCAAAGUGUCCAACUCCCUUCAAUAAUUAGAUUGAACUAGACUAGAGAGAGAGAAGGAGAGACUUGAGAUAGAGAUAUUUGUACCUCAAGUUGUAUCUUUUUAUGCUUCUGUGCUUUAGCAAUGUAAAUGUACAUUUCCCAUGCCAAUGAAGCCUAGUGAAUCUUUGAAUCUUGAAAGAGAGUGAAAAGGAGACAGACAAACAGGCCGAUAUGCAGGGGUUUUGUCCUCUGCUCCUGCUGCUCUCUUAUGUCUCUGUGUUUAGGGUUCAUGUCUCCGUGGUUACAGCUGUGGAGCUCCCGAGGGGGCGUGGUGACAGCAAACCUGGGAGCCCUGCAGGUUGCCAUAGUGACAGGGAUAAGGAUGACCGUCCACGCCAGAACUGCACAGCUGGAGGAUUCAACAACAUCCCCUCAGGACUCGAACCCACAACCGAGGUGCUGCUGCUUCCUAUCAACCAGCUGUCGUCUCUAUCUUGGUCCGAUUACAGGAUGUUCCCCAAAAUCUACGAGAUCGACCUAACAUCUAACCAGAUCCAUGCUCUCUCUGACAUUUCUGAGGGGGGUCUGAAGACUCUGAGGGUUCUACGUCUGGGUUCAAACGGUUUGGAAGUUCUGGCAGACGGAUGUUUCUCCCCCUUCCCCUUCCUGGCGGAACUCUACCUCCCCCACAACUCCCUUGUCUCCCUCCCAGACGACGUCUUUAGGGAUCUCAACAAGCUGGAGAUCCUGGAUCUGUCGUCCAAUAGGAUCAUAGUUCUUCCUCCAAAAAUCAUCUACCCCCUCGAGGUCAUAGAGACGCUUUACCUAGAAAACAACAAGAUCCAGGCGAUUCCAGAUGACUGGUUCAGCGUACAGGACAUGGGAAUCCCCUAUCUGUUCCUCUCGGCCAAUCCGUGGCGCUGCUCCUGUUCCCUUGGCUACCUGCACGAUUACCUUCUAGAAUUCGAAUCCUCGGUGUAUGUGAGAAAUGGGACAGUCGUCAACUCAAGGCCAAAGAGUGUGGUGUGUCACUCUCCUGGGAGGCUGGAGGGGAGACCUGUGAUUGACCUGAAGGCUGAGGACCUCUGCCCCCCUAUCAUUACUACUGCUCCUACUUCUCUUACUGCCCCCCCUACUACUGCUGCUCCUACUACUACCACUGCUCCUACUACUGCUGCUCCUACUACUACUACUACUGAUCCUACUACUACUGCUGCUCCUACUACUACUACCACUGCUCCUACUACUGCUGCUCCUACUACUACUACUACUGAUCCUACUACUACUACUACUGAUCCUACUACUACUGCUGCUCCUACUACUACUACUACUGAUCUUACUACUACUAAUGCUCCUACUACUACCACUGCUCCUACUACAACGGCUGCUAUUACUACUGCUUCUACUACUCCUCCUGCUCCUACUAUGCUCCUCCAAUGGGUGAGCAGCACAGAGUAUCCAGUGGCUGCCAUCGGUAGUUCCAGUGGUAUCGCCACGUCGACGCCCACCCCGAUGCCCAACACCUCCGUGGCGACGGCCGCCGUGGCAACGGCCGCCGUACCGACCGAGGUCGGAGGGUUCCAGCCGGGGGCCAGACGCGGCGGCGGCGGCGGCGGCGUGCGUGCGUACUGCGCCUGGCUGUUUGCAGGGUGUGUGUUGCUGUGCGCGCUGUCGCUGGCGUGCACGGCGCUGUCCACGGCGUGGCUGGUCCUGUGGUACCGCCGGGCGCACGGAGCCCCCCUCAGAGACGCACCGAGGGAGAAGAGGGGAGGAGGGGGACGAAGGCUGGAGUCGCUGAGGAUGAUGAGCUGCCGGAAGGGAAGGAGGGUUGAAGAGGAGAGAGGAGGAGGAGGAGGAGGAGGAGGGACCGCACUGUACCGCUCGGUCCUGUUUGUCUCUAGAGGGGUGGAGCCCACCCAGGGAGAGAGAGAGGGGGAGGGAGCGAGAGGAGGAGAGAAGGCGGGACAAGGAGGAGUGAGAGAGAGGGCGGGGGAGAGAGACCGGGAGGAGUGGCAGGGAGGGGCGGGAGAGACGGCGGGAGAGAGCACUCUUAUCGUCCUGCGGCCAGCCGGUCUCGGGGGGGUGGGACGGAGGGAUGAGGUGGAGAGGAAGGGAAGAGGAGGAGGAGGAGAGGAGGAGAGCGUGUCCAGAGAGGAGUCUUUCCGUCUGUUCAGCAGGCAGGAAGAGAUAGCGUGUCGGCUGGCCGGGGCGGGCGGGGGGGCGCUCGGGGCUCGCUACAGCGUUGUGCUGAGGGAGGAGAGGGAGGGAGGGGAGGGUGCGGCGAGGGACUGGGUGGUGGGGGGCUGGGCGGUGACUCCGGGCACAGGAGCCGUCAGGAGCAGCUGGGGGGAGUGGCUUACUCGUUAUCUACCCAACAUGCCUUGGGGCGCGGCCGUGCCCUCGGAGGGCGCUCCGGCGGAGUGAUGUCGGCAGCUCUUCCGUGACCUUCCGUACGUGUCAUAAGCCCUACGAUGUGUCCGUGUUUUAAGUGUAUUAAAAAUGCAUUCUACUGUUCAACUGUAUGCUAUAUCCGACUUCAUUGAGCUUUAAGUGUUGCGGUCUAAUUGAUGAGACAGGAAGGGAGAGUGUCAAUCACCGGUGAGGGACAGGCGAGGGUACAAGGGGUUGGAUGUGUGCCUUCCUGGUUCCUGUUAAAUCCCAAGAUGUUUGACAAACGAGACGACCACCCACCCAACUAUCAACUGGACCCCAUCAGACCAUCUUAAUCAUACCGGACGAUCUGAUCGGUCCAAAAAAAAA